CCAUCUGCAAUGCAAAUAAAAAAAUAUGUACAAAUUUUAGAACAAAGAAAAAUUUUAAAAGAUGAAUUCAUCAAGAAAUAAUAAAGUACUCUUAGUUCCCACGGUUAGGGAAGUGCAGCAAAUUUUUGGCGAGCUCUUAAGCCAUGGGGAAGAUGUGACCUGGGAUCUAUUAUCCGCCAGUCAGGGAGAAAUGCUAAAAAGCAAGAUCGACGAGUUUAAAAUGUUACAAAAUAAUUCCGAUCCUAUGCCAUUUUACGUCAGUCCUCCCAUUUUUAAUUCGAUUUGGAAUCAACGAAAAUACACAAAUGGCCAGUCCCUUACGUCCUUAUUUUUUGUGAUGGUUGUGGAUAAUGUUACCGACCCAAAAUUGGCUGAGCAAAGCAGAUCCUGGUAUCUUUAUCCGGUCUUCCGUUGCCGGAUAUGUGUUGACAAUCAUGGAGAAAAUUACAGCAGUCUGGACUGCUGCAUGGCGUAUGUGAGUCAGUAUGACUGUUGUAAAGAUUGGGAUACGUUUUUGGAAGAUACUCGCUUGCGGCCUGGGUUAAUGGUGACCCCGUAUCGUGGGGUUUACAAAUUGAUCGAUGGCCAGGUAGAACUAAGAACUUAUUCUAUCUCUGGUAGAUUCCGGCAGCCUAUGAGAUCUAUGCAAUUCGCCAAGGAGCACUGCCUAACACCCGAAUCUUUAGGGGAAGCCUCAAAACGCUCUAUUAUACAUCUUGAUUCGAAAAAAAGACCUGCAAUUUACACUUUUAAAAGAGCAGAGAGGAUGUGCGACAAGAUACUCCAUCAACUGUUGGUUCCUCGGGAUGAACAAAAUAUGACGGAUGUUACUACACUCUCGGAUUCCUUAAUUUUAUUUACACAUAACACUAAUAACCUACGACUGGCAUCGUCAAUGAUUAAAGAUCAGAAUAGCCGAAGUGUUUUACAAAAUCAAAUUAAAAGCGAUUUUGACAAGAUCUCUGAGGAAACAAAGAGCUUUAGGGGAAUAGUGGAUCUUGUACGGAGUGCUAAUGAAAUCCCAACAGUAAAAGAGCUGGACGAGGUUUUUAAGCCCAUUUUGAAAGGACCUAAGAAACGAAAAUUGGCAGAAAUGCCAAAUGAAGUUACCGUAGAUCCUACGGAAUCUCUACAAUUAAACACAGUUCAAGUAAAAGGAGAAUUAUUCAAUCUGGACGAUUAUGGCACAGUCCUUAAAAAGCACAUCGUAUGCUCGGAAAGCUUUACAAAUCUUAUUAACAAAAUAGCUGAAAACUUAGAACCCGAAAUGUUUAAGCUAAUCCUGCACUUCACGCAAACUUUUAUGGAAACCACGAGAGAGGAGUUGUGGAAGGAGCGAAAACACCACAUAGCCACGGAAACGGUUCUCUAUCAGAUCCUUUUGCAUAUCAUUAAAAAUCAUACAAACAUGGACUGUACUAAAGUUAAAGAACAAUCUUCGGACAUUUUAAGCCGUAUGCGAUAUUAUUUUGCUUCAACCAGUCCAAAUUCUCCGCCUGAACUUCUAACCAAGUGCACAAAAUGUAUAGGUUACUAUCGGGUCGUUCCUUUAUAAUGUUUUCGAAUUUCAUAUCCCAAAGUUUUUAUUAGUCUCCAACAUUAUUUUCUUAAAUUGUAUAUUUAUAUGUAUUUUGUUAUUGUCAAGCCAAAGCGUUUCUUUGGUUAUUAUGGAUAAUAAUAUAAAAAGAGUUAUCUUUGAUAUCCAAUUAAAAGAAAUAAAGAUGAAAUUCUUAUAAAUAUAAA